CAAGCGGAGCGCAGCCGAGCCCGGAAGAGAGUCUCGCGGCGACGGGGAGGCGGGAGCGGAGCCAUGGCCCGUACGCGGGCGCAGCUGAAGCUUUCGACUCGGCUGAUGAACGUCGGGCUCGCCGCGCUCUGCCGCGGCGGCAGCCUCUCCCGCGCGGAGUCCGUCCUCGUCGACGCCAUCCGCCUCGGCCUUCCCCCCGACGUCGUCACCUACAACACCCUCCUUGCUGCGCACUGCCGCGCCGCGGGCCUCGACGCCGGCAUUGCCGUCGUGCACCGGAUGCGGGAGGCCGGGGUGAGCCCCGAUACCGUCACCUACAACUCCCUCAUCGCGGGCGCGGCCCGCCGCGGGCUCCCGAUGCGCGCCCUCGACCUGUUCGACGAAAUGCUCCGGACCGGGAUCGCCCCUGACGCGUGGAGCUACAACGCCCUCAUGCAUUGCCUGUUCCGGUCCGGCCACCCGGAGGACGCCUACCGGGUGUUCGCUGAUAUGGCCGAGAAGGGUGUCACGCCGUGCACCACGACGUACAACACGCUCCUUGAUGGGCUGUUCAGGGCCGGCCAUGCGACGAAUGCGUACAGGAUGUUCAGGUACCUGCAGAGGGUGGGGCUUCCCGUGGGCAUUGUGACUUACAACACGAUGAUCAACGGGUUGUGCAGGUCAGGCAAGGUGGGCUAUGCCCGCAUGGUCCUAAAGGAGCUCGGGAGGACCGAGCAUGCCCCGAACGCUGUCACGUACACGACGGUGAUGAAAUGCUGCUUUAGGUACGGUAGGUUUGAACAGGGGCUGGAGACCUUCUUGUCCCUGCUGGAAGGAGGGUACAUUUCAGAUGCCUUCCCGUACUGUACGGUGAUCAGUGCGCUUGUCAAGAAGGGAAGGAUGCAAGAAGCCAAUACCUAUUGUGAGCUCAUGAUACAAAGUGGUUCCAGGCUCGACAACGCAUGCUACAACACGCUGAUUUACCUGCGAUGUCAAGAAGGGAAGCUGGAUGAUGCGUUUGAGCUGUUGAACAUGAUGGAAGAAGGUGGCCUGGAGAGUGAUGAGUACACAUUCUCAAUUUUGGUUAAUGGUCUUUGCAAGAUGGGGCAAAUCGAGGCCGCAGAGAAGCAGUUAUGGUACAUGGAGAUGAGGGGCAUGCAAUCAAAUGUGGUAGCAUAUAAUUCCUUGAUUGACACACUCUGCAAAUCCCAUGAGGUGGAUUCCGCAAUCCGAUUGCUGCAUAGCAUGAAGCUAAAAGAUGAUUUUUCUUACACAUCACUAGUCCAUGGUCUAUGCAAAGUGGGUAGAUACCAUAUGGCAUCCAAAUUCUUGCGGAUCUGCUUGCAUGAAGGGAAUAACGUUCUCACAUCUGCAAAGCGUGCUGUCAUAGCUGGGCUACGUAGUGCAGGAUUCAAAAAUGAUCUUAGGAAAGUUCGGUCAGCAUUAUAUAUGGCUAGGCUGUUACGGUCAUAGUCAAAGUAAAAAGGUCAGCGACUUGACUGGAUGAUCCUGUAAAAUGGGUAGGAGUAAUGCAGCAGAGAAAUGACUGGAUCUGGAUCAGUGCAUGCCCUACGAGAAGGAAACUAAGACACUGUUAUUUCUAGAAAGGUGCUACACUUAUAAAUCAGUUCUUGGAGACACCAUAGGCUAUACGCAGCCAGACUUGUUACCCUCAAAGCCAAACAUUUAUCAAAUGUUCAAUCAACAACAGGGCCUGCUGGCCUGCUGCACUAGUUGGCAGGGGCUGCUUCACACAUGACCACUAGUUGACAGAUGGUACCAGCUCAGUAUGUGCAAGAAGCAAUCUCUUGAUGGUUUUCACACCUCGUCUUGCAACAUGUAGGUUUGGGGUGAUCAUAAUUUGGAGUGUUGGAAGGAACUUUUAGCGAUUAAGUUCUCCAAAUUUCCAACAAAAGGAUUCUGUUGGUCCAGAUUGGAUGGGCACACAAUAUGAGGUGACAAAUGCAGACCGUCGUGCAGCUUAGUAGACAAUUAUCAAUUCUUUUAUCAUUGUUGUUUUGUUCUUUAACUCUUGUGAAGCGCAUGGAAAAAUAAUCAUCUCAUAGGGUAAUAUCUUAUGUCACAACAUUCAUCUGUUUGAAGCAAGUUCUAUACCAGUGAUCACAAGACAUCUAAGAAAAUAGCUACGCUUGUAUCACGCUGCUGCCUGUUCUUCAAUUUUUUCACUGGACAGGUAUUGGCUACAAAUAAGUGUAAUUUUUUUGCUCUGGAUCUCUGAUUGUCCGCCUAUGAUGUGUAAGCAUGUAAAAUAGACAUAAAUCAUCGAAACUGAGCACUGAUAAUUUGUUUUCCCAUUCAUUGCAUGUGCACAAUCUACUAUUGUUUACAAGACCGCAGGAUUUUAUGCUGAACCAUAAGGCUACCCUUAUUUAUUUAGUAAUCACGGUUUGACAAACACGAGAAUAGUAUUGUGUGUUUAGUGCGGAUACUUACAUUCGAUUGCCUCUUGCAGCUUCAAGGCCAACUUUGUUUUUGCUCCGUUCUGAUUGAUGGUGCCUGUGGUCAGGCUGUCCUGCUUUAUGGGAAUGGAAAAUCCCUAUGAUCUUCUGAAAAUUUACUUUCAUCUGUAUUAGUCUCUUUGUUUGGAAAUACAUAUCGUAUGAUUCAGAUUUGUAUUUUUCCACAUUCAACAAAUUUAAAGGUUUGAUUCAACAAUCUGCGGAACCCAAUUGAACAAUUUGUAAGAACCCGUUCAAUAUUUUGCAUGUAAAUUGUUGAAACAAUGUGCUGAAUUGUUAAAGCAGCAUGUUUGAAUAGUUGAAACUGUACAUUCGAAU